GAUACUUUCCACCCCUCCAGAGACACAUCAUUUUCAAAUUCUCCACACCACAAGGAAGAGUCUAAAUGGAGCGAGCUGUCAUGAUGAUGUGCAUGUUUGUCGCAUGCUCGACUGCUCCCAUUCAGGAGAGUCAAAGCAAUGAGCAGAUCGCGGCGCAUGCCAGUGAGGCCCUGAGGUUGAUGGAGAUGUACAGGUUAUACCAGCAGCAGGGGAUGGUGGCAAACCCUUUCCUUCCUGCAUCGCAAACGUCCGGAGCAGGAACUGCCGGUGAAGCUCCUCCACGGAUGGAUGCUGCACCAGCUCAGGCAACCACUGUGGGUCCUCCUCCUCCUCCUGCAGCUGCUCGGUUGGUUGGAGACGGAUCAGAGGAGGAAGAGGAGGAGGAUGGCAAUCCUCCCUCAAAAGCUGCUGCUCCUGUUGCCCCCGUAAACUCUGACGAAGCAGAAGAGGCCGAGGAAGCGGAAGAGGCCGAGGAGGCGACUGCGGUCGAGGCAGAAGCGCCUGCAGCGGGACCUGCAGCAGACCCCGCAGCUCCUGCUGAUGUGCCAUCAGUUGUUGAUGCCCCCGCAGAGAUUGCAGCAGUUGAUGCGGCAGCUGUGGAUGCUCCCCCUAUAUCCCCCGAAGCGACAUUUGGUGAAGUCGCCGCAGAAGCUGCCGCUGCACCACCAGCAUAGGCCGACGUUGCCGUAAUAUGAUUGUACCGUGCAUAUUUCUGGCAGCUAAAAAUGUCACCGUGUAGGUUCAGUUGCAAAAGGUGCAAAGGCACGAAUAUAGAUGGAAGAAUACGCUUUGCUGGGUGCAUGUUGACAUUGUACAACAGUCGCUAUAGUGCUCGUGCAAAACAAACACGAUAUUGCGUCUCUCUUCGUGUGUUCAUGUUUUAUUAUUGUUACCACAUACCAUCCUCUUAAAUAAAGGUCAGAUAUCCUAAACAGCCGUUUCUAUAGCUUUUUUAUUUUUUUACAUCACAGCAUAAACACAAGGCAAAGGACAAAAAAAGCGUGUGACACGGGGUUAAUGCCAUUUGGGAUCUGUCAUGAUUGUGUUUUUUGUCUAGAUUACGUUUUGGUUUUGUUUCCUCAUGUGCUUUUGUCUUCCUGUUUGGUUUUGUGUCCACCUGGUGUCAACCAAUCAGCUUCCUCAACCCUUUGGGUCUUGUCCAUGUGUUCCUUGUUGUCUCGUCAGUUUGCUUGCAUUUAGUUUCCCGGGUUCCGUCUGUCUGAUCAUUGUGUUACUGUCUUGUGUUUUUGGUUCUGUUGCUGUGCCGUUGCUUUGUUUAACUGUCAUGGGUUUUUGUUUGUUUGUUAUUUCGGUUUAUUGUAGUUUUUCACGACUGUGUCUAUUGGGUGCAGUUUUUUUCCCCACAGAAUACCCCUGCAAGUGUUUUUUGUCAAUACAUUUUGUUCAGUA